ACACUAAUCCUAUCACUUCUUUUCACAUCCCAAACAGCAGCAACCACAACAAGAAGAAGAAAAAAACUCACAAAUCUUUCACCAUAAAACCACUUUUUGUGUGUUCAGUUUGAUACCUUAAAGCUUUUACACAAUGGUUGGAAUGGAAGAUUUAGGUUUGAGUUUGAGUUUGAGUUCUACAAACCAUCAUCAUAAUCUAAAUGCAUUGCAGUUGAAUCUAAUGCCUACAUCCUCACCAUUUUCUCAUCAACAACAACAACACCAUCAGAAGAGCUCUCCUUGGAUCAAUAUGGAACAAAAUUUAGAGAUGUAUAGAGGUGAAACAAGAUCAUUUUUACGUGGGAUAGAUGUAAAUAGAAUGCCACAGAAAACAAUGAUCUCAACAAUUGACAAUGAGGAGGAAGAAGGAGGUAAUUCAUCACCAAACAGUACUCUUUCAUCUCUAAGUGGGAAGAGGAGUUUAAGAGAUCUUGAGGGUGGAUCAGAGGAGAAUUAUGAUAUGGAAAGAGCCUGUUCCAGAGGAAUUAGUGAUGAAGAAGAUGGUGGUAGUGAUACAAGAAAUAGUAACAAGAAACUCAGAUUGUCUAAAGAUCAAUCUGCUCUGCUUGAAGAUAGUUUCAAGGAGAACAAUACUCUCAACCCUAAGCAAAAGGUGGCUUUGGCAAAGCAACUAAAUCUAAGGCCAAGACAGGUUGAAGUUUGGUUUCAGAAUAGAAGGGCACGGACAAAGUUGAAACAAACAGAAGUAGACUGUGAGUUCCUGAAAAGAUCUUGUGAGAAUUUGGCAGAAGAGAAUAGGAGACUGCGGAAAGAAGUACAAGAGCUUAGGGCACUUAAAAUGUCACCACAAUUCUAUAUGCAAAUGACACCACCAACAACACUUACAAUGUGUCCUUCGUGUGAACGUGUCGCAGCAUCAGCCGUUGAUCAUCCACCACAACAACAUACUCAUCAGAUGAUGUCGUCGAGUCCACACAACCACCACCAACGUCCGAAUUCGGCGGUUAACAAUCGUUUCACUACUGUCCAGGCACGAUCCAUGGCUGAUCGUUCAAUGUUGUCUAGGGUAUGAGACGACUAAGUAAUUUCCGGCUUCCUUUAUUUGAGUACUCCGGUGAUUUUAUAGGAGUGUAGGUAUAGUUUCUUAUUCAUAGGCCUAGUUAAAGCUUUAGUGUAGGGUGGUGGUCGGUUUCUACUUUUGGUGUAAAGUUGUGGUUCUUCUUAUGAGCAAAGCUCUUGAGGUUUUCUAAAGUUACCUGUUCUUAAUAUUUUUACCUGAAAAGAAACAAAAAAACUUGAAAAAAGAAGAGAAUGGAAAGGAUUCAUGGUUUUCUUCCCUAUAUCUUAGUCAA